ACCAAAGUGUAUCUUCGUGUUUGCACUCGGUGAGAGGUUAAAUCCUCCGAGAGGAGUGUGAUACGCGUAGUGAAAUUAAAGAUUGUAAUAACAUAAGUGUUGACACCAUGGGAAAUGCGUGGGCUUUGUAUGUGUCAGAUCCUCAGGGUACUCCUCAGCCAAUGAAAGAGCCUUCAUUUGAUCCGUUGCUUGGUUUCCCUAAUGGGAGAAAACAGAGAGUGAUGCUCGCCACUGAAGAAGAGAUGAUAUCGGCCAAGAUUCCACCAGAAAAUCGUGAUUACUGUGCUCAUCUAUUAAUCAAGUACCAGGCUUGCAGAGCAGAUGUUUGGCCAUGGGCUUACAAAUGUGCACAUGAAAAGCAUGCGUACAUGACCUGUGAGUUUGAGGACUAUGUUCUUCGCAUGAAAGAGUAUGAACGAGAGAGGCGACUGCUGCAACGACAGAAGCGCAUUGCUGCCAACUCCCACAAAGAGGAAUUAGAGGAAUGAAGUUAUUCAUAGUUUGGUGCCUCACAUGAGUCGUAUUUGUAUUUUGUUGCAUAUAUGUGUAUAUAAAACUUCUUUACUUUAAAAGAAA